UAUCCACGAAGAAGAAGGCUAAGAUGGCGGCGUCCAGCUAGUAGUAUAUUUAGUUUGCUGUAAAUUUAUUAUGAGUCGUUGAUUUAACAAAACCCAGAAACGGAAGUUUGCAAAUAAAUAAAGAAAUAAUAAUAAAUACAUUACGGCGCGUAUAUAUUUCGGUCGAUCUUUUCGGGGAGAUUCUCAAUGCCAGGUAACCCAGGCCCUGAAUGUAUUCCAGCCACACUCAUGGGCCAGGGGGAGGUGGAGGUGGAGGCAGAGGCAGAGGAGAGCGGCACCAAGGAUGAGAGGUGCCUGUCUGCUGACAGACCACUGACGGCGCUGUCUGGAGAGGAAAGUACAGCCCAUUUCAAAUGUAAUGCAAGUCAGCUUGUUGAUCAUUGUGAGGAAGAGGAAUCAGAAGAAUGUGAAGAUGAUCAGAUUUAUUGUGCAGAAUGCCGGUCCUUCUACACCAACCAGUGUGAGACCCACGGCCCUCUCUCCUUCAUCCACGACUCUCCUACUCCAAUGGGAGUACCUCAACGGGCCCUACUCACACUACCUCUUGGCCUAGUAAUUGGACGGUCCACUAUGCCUGAGGCUGGCCUGGGCGUGUUUAACCAGGGGCAGACAGUGCCUGCUGGGACCCAUUUUGGACCUUACGAAGGAGAUGUGACCAGCAGGGAAGAGGCCAUCGAGAGCGGCUACUCGUGGGUGAUUUGCAGGAAGAAGAAUCACUUUGAGUACAUCGAUGGCACACGGGACACUCACUCCAACUGGAUGAGGUAUGUGAACUGUGCCCGUAACGAAGAUGAGCAGAACCUGGUGGCCUUCCAGCACCGGGGGCGUGUCCUGUACCGCUGCCUGCGGCCCAUCCUGCCAGGCCAGGAGCUCUUGCUGUGGUAUGAGGAUGAGUACGCCAAGGAGCUGGGCAUCACGUGGGACUACCUGUGGGACAGGAAGUCCAAUCCUGCAGAGAGGUCUGCAGAGCCAAGGUCACCCGUCUUCCCCUGUCCUCACUGUCGGUUCUCAUUUAGCGCUGAAAUAUACCUCCACAAACACAUCAGACGGUCUCACUCUGCAGAGAGCGCCAAGCUCCUACAUUCUGCAGAGCUCAGUCCUGUGGCUCCGCCUCCUACUAGUGAUGAGGACCAGCUGGCUCCACCCCCUCCUUCUCACUUAUGCACUAAUAAUAGGGAGCACUUAAGCCACGAAGGGACCCCAGUUAAAAUCAAACCUGGCCGAAAUGCAGAUGACGUUGGGCUGUACUGUUGUGCACAAUGUGGGAGAAGUUCUGCAAGUCCAGACGGCCUCAGGGGACACCAAUGUACGCGAACAGGAGAGGGGCCGUACCCCUGCCCACUCUGUGGAAAGAGCUUCGCACAAUCCUGCCACCUUAAGCGUCACGAGCGCACCAUCCACUCGAAAGAGAAGCCAUACUGCUGCACACACUGUGGCAAGUGUUUUGGCCAAUCAGCAGGCCUCAAGAGACACCAGCAGGUUCAUGAAGGGGGGAGACUGGUACAGAAGAGCACGGGGGGUUCCUCACAGGUUUUCCCCUGCUUGUGGUGCACAUUCUGCUUCACUUCGGAGCAGAAGCUUCACAAACACGUCAGGAGGCAUCACCCUGAGGAGCAUGUUGACCUGCCUGUGUCUGGACCGGCUCGCUCCGAUGGCUCUGCAUCCAAUUUGCAUCAUGGCCCAAGCCUGCAGGCCUCCAUCUCAGGUAGGGCUCGGAGGGGGAAAGGUGUCAAGCGGUUAGUAGCGGCCGUAAACCCAAAAGGUCAGCAGACUGAGCCAGAGACGCCGCAGUAUGGCUGCGCUUUGUGUUGGAGCAGUUUUGGCGACUCUGAAAGCCUUAAAACUCACCAGUGCACCGCAGAACAAGAGGGAUCAUACUGCUGCCAUAAAUGCUGUGGCAGUUUUGGUGACAAGGGAAGCUUGGAAGCCCACCAGUGCACCCCAAGCGGAGAUGGACCCUACUGCUGCCCCCAGUGCGGCAAGUGUUUCACCCGGUCGUGCAACCUCCGGAGGCACGAGCGCACCAUUCAUACACAGGAGAAGCCCUACUUCUGCACACAAUGCGGCAAGUUCUUCAGCCAGUCGGCCGGCCUCAAGCGGCACCAGCAGACCCAUGUGGGACUAACGCCGCGCCUGGAGAGCACCGAAGUGGCCUCUCGGGUCUUUCCGUGUCCCCAGUGUGCCUUCUCCUUCACUGCGGAACACUACCUUCACAAACACUUGAAGCGGUAUCACCCAGAGGAGCACUUGAAGCUUCUGGAGUCUGGAUUGGCCAACGAAGCCCAGGAGGAUUCCGGACAGCUAUCCUGCAGGCAGUGUCAGAAGACCUUCACUUGCUUGAAAACGCUGAGGUUGCACAAAUGCGCUCAGUCGGGAGACCGGCUGUUCCUGUGCACCGACUGUGGCAAGUGUUUCACCUGGUCUUACAGCCUCAGGCAGCAUCAGCGCAUUCAUACCGGAGAGAAGCCAUUCACCUGCUCCGAGUGCGGCAAGAGCUUCGUCCAUUCGGGGCAGCUGAACGUCCACAAGCGGAUACACACGGGAGAGAAACCCUUUCUCUGCACAGUUUGCGGAGAGCGGUUCCGGCAGUCGGGGGACCUGAAACGUCACGAGCGGAAGCACACCGGCUUCAGGCCGUGCCGCUGCAGCGAAUGCGGCAAGAGCUUCAGCCGGCCGCAAAGUCUCAGGGCUCACCAGCUGCUGCACAAGGGCGAGAAACUGUACUGUUGUACCCAGUGUAACAAGAGUUUUGCUCGGAGCUGGCACCUGAGAAGGCACCAUCACAAAAUGCACUCAUGAGUUGCCAGACACUUUGGACUUAAGGCUAAAACGUGUGUGCCUCACAUUCUCUUGGCAAUACUGCACAGGUGGAAAGUUCAGAUUCCGAAAAGUACAAAAAGGUUUUGUUUCAACCAACCAUUUGAGUACCCUGUGAACGCGACUCUUCAUUUCAACCAGUCAGUUGAGUAUAAAGUCUUUGUCUGGAUUUGUACUUUCUGAACCUGAACUUUCCACCUCUACAAUACUACAGGUAAUAUCGCAUCCAAGGAAAGUUUACAUCAAAGACUUUGAAUAAAUUCAUGCAGGUUUCCUUACAUGACACAAGUUAUCUUUAUCAGAAGAGCUGAACAGGUCGGAUAGCAGGCACUGUCUUGCGUAGCAUUCACAACAUCACUGUCAUUUGGCUGGUAAAGUGUUGAGAUCUUUAUUCGGUAUGAUGUUUUGCAUGCCCAACUAUGGUGUGUGAUAGGGGUGGUGAAAUGUACGGGACAGAUUACUGUUAAACUCUUUAAAGUAUUACAUGGUGUUCCUUUAUUGUCAUUACCAUGAACUAACAAUCCACUAAAUCCUCUUAGGGAUUUUAUCUAAGGAAACAAAAUGGAUAAGAUGUUGUUUAGCUGAUGUUGGGAUUUAAACAUUAAAAUGUUAAUUAAUCCAA